UAAUGAAUAUUAAAUAUUAAGUGGAUGGAUGAUAAAUAAUUUUACGAGCCUGUCACUCCUUUACUGUACCUUAGCCGGGAGAAGGCUAUGUCGGGAGCAUGACAAUUCUGCCAGUAUAUGUAACUACGGCGUUGUCUGAGGCUGUUUGGAGUUUGAGCAAACUGUCCGCUUAAACACAUCACCUAAAGUUGAAGAUUCCCUUUGCUUCAAAAACGGCUCAGUAAAGAAGCUGACAAUGAUAAAUUGAGUGUGAGGACAGUACACAGUAAUGGCGUUGACCUGUUUUCUGGUACUGAUGUUUGUAUCCGUCAGUUUGUCGUCUGACGGCGGUGUAGCUACACUCUGUAGCUCACCUUACUGCCUGCCACCCUGGCGUGCUUUCCAGGGGCACUGCUACCUGUGGGUGCACAAGCGAAUGUCCUGGAUGGAUGCUGAGCGCCACUGCCAGAUGUUAUCCCACCCGGGGAAGAUGGCCCACCUUGCGUCCAUCCACAGCCAAGAGGAGGAUGAAUUCAUCAAAGAUUACGCGAGGAGCGCCUCUGGCCACGCGGAUUCUUCUAGCUACUGGAUUGGCUACAGUGACAUCGAACGGGAGGAUCAGUUCCAGUGGAGUGAUGGAUCUGAUGUGUCUUAUAAGGGAUGGGAGCCAAGAGAGCCAAACUCCCAUGGCGGGACACACGAAAGCUGUGCCGAAUGCCGCCACGCCAGCGGAUGGAAUGACAUAUGUUGCAUUCGUGAAAGACAUUCUGUCUGCAAACUGUAGAUCCCAUUCAUGCGACAUUUCAGUCAGCCUAAAUGCUUCUUAACUUAAAUUAAUGGCUACAUUCUGAUCAUGAACAAAUAACAAAACUCGGAUAAAAAAAGGACGAAGCUCUUGUGAAUUCAAUAUCUGAGAUUAAACUGGAAAUUGCGUCUACUCUGAGGUACGUCAGCUUGUUUGUUCUAUCGUGAUCUCGUACAGGUAACCUGAAAUGAGGGGAAAUGACCUAAAUCACCAAUUGAGAGUAGACCAUGAAGAUACUUUAAAAUGUUAAACAUUGUACUCAGUGGCUCUUGUUGUGGUGGCUACACACCGAUGCUCAAGUAGAUAGUUUAAAGAACAAUAAGCAAGAAAUAGUUUGUUGCAGUGAUGCACCUUUUUGGCACUCGCGUUGUAGUUCGGUGAUUCUAUUGAAAAAUUGUGAACUUAUAAUUGAGUUAUUGGUGGUAUCAGUUUGUUUUUAAGAUAUUCAUUGUAAAAAUUUUUUUUACAAUGUAUUCAAUUGUGAACAAACAAACACAAAAAAACUAACACAAUUGGCCCACAAAUGACAUAACUGUUUCGUUUAAUAUGAAUAAUUGAACUGCAAUAGAGGAGGAUGAGCACCAAUUUUCCAUUUAAAGAAUCAAGCUACAAUCACCAUAGUGGUCCAUUAAAUAGUGCAUUAAAGUGAUGUGAUAUUUAAAAAAAAAAAAAACCUGAAAUGUGAAGCCCGGUGCGCGAUCAUAGACGACUAUGGUAUAUAAUCAUGAUUUCACACAACUCACGGUUUUAAUUUUGUUCCACGUUUAACGCUUGAAAGCGUACACUUCGUUUUUGUUU